AUGCCAGGCUUCCUGCUACAUGGUCCACUGGUAAGGCUGUGCCUGGGCCUCGCAUGUGUCCUGUCCCUUUACAAUACAGAGUCUGCCUUUAAAGGGGAAGCCAAGAAGGAAAAUGUCAUGACCUUCCUACUUACAACAUUGUCUGGCCUCAGAGGAGACGAGAGUAGAGAAAAGGGGGUCGCUUUUCUGGAUACCACAGAACUGCCUGCAAUGUCGGUUGAUCUGUCUGCGCUUAACCUGACAGAGCUGGUGAACGGGAUGCUGAUCAGAGCUUUAAAAGACAGCAAGCACUUUUUCUCCUUGCUAAGUGUUACUUCCCACAGCUCCUUUGCCUUCCACAAGUUUUCUGUGGCCAUUUACAACAUUUCUAACCUGAAGACUGUGGACCCGGCCAAAUUCCCCUCACGGUACUGCUACUGCUUAAACAACCGGACCAACGAUUUAUCAGAUUUCACAGCCCUACUGGUGGACAUCAUUGGAAAUUCUACCAGCUACCUCACAGAGAUUUUAAAGUCACCCUCCAUCCUCUCAGUGAGUCAAGUGAAUGAAUCUGACUGCAUCUUCAUCUGUGUGAUGUCAGGAAAGUCAGGAAGGAAUCUUUCUGACUUCUGGGAGAUGGCGGAAAAAUCUCCUGUUAUCAAUUACACAUUUACCAGCAGCAUGUCUGGUGUUCUGGGUGAGUCUACCAGCGGGACGGCCCUGACUUCACAGCUCACACCCAUAAGCCGGCAAACACUACCAAGGACAAGCCCCCCACGUGGAUCCCAGAACGCUGGAGUGUCUGCUCUGAGAAGCUCUCCCAGGACAGAGACAACCCCUCCUUCACAGGGAGAGCAGACCACGAACACAAACAAGCAUGCUGAGGGUCACAGCAGAGCCCCGGCCGCCCUGGACGGCGCCUCUCCCACCCUCUCAGACUGGGCUACCGGGAAGGUGGCUGGAAUUCCAUGGGUGACAGCCCGCAGGCAGGCAUGGGCUUCCACACUACCUGUGUCCUGGGCUCAGGCCACCAGUGAGAAAACACCUGGAGGUCUUCCCUGGGAAACACGUUCCUCCCCGCCGACAUCUCCUGCAGAGGCCGAGAAGGCCACGAACACACGGAACUUUUCCGAGACUCCUGCCAGGACAGCGGCCAUGCCUGACAGCCCACCAGGGACCAGCCCAACCUCAGGCCCAUUCACCCCUGGCACACAGACUCCAAGUCCCACCAAGGCUCCGGCCCCCAGAUAUCCACAGGCAGGUGAUCUCCCUGCUGCAUGGCCCUUUACCCCUGGAGAAGAGCCAGUCCUCGUCCCAGGACCCCACCAGGCUUCAAGGUGUCCUGAGCCGCUCCUCAAGGAGGCGGCCAUGACCUCUGCUCCUCUCACGCUGGCCGUCCAGAAGCUCAACCCUUGCCUGAUGGAGCUGUGCCGCUUUUUCCAGCAAUGCCUCUGCAGGAGCCAGAAGAGAGACCCCAGGAUGGAGGCAGUGAGGUAUUGUCUUGAAUACUAUUCCUGGUUUCUGAAGAAUGCAACAUACAUCUGUCAGAGGGUGAAAAGGGUGUUCCACUCACACACCUUGAAACAAAAAUGCCUCGAGAAUAUCUGCAAGUCUGUUUGA